UUUCCCAUCUUCUGUUUUCGUGUGCGACGUUUUAGAGAAAAAUGGAGAGGUCCUCGUCGCCUCCUCUGUUGUUGCUACUGCUGCUCUCUUCCCUCGCCGUCGUCUGCUCCGCUGUCGAGCCGCCUCAGAUCACCGUGAAGCCCGACAUUGCUCCCCAGUCCCUCCCGAUCAACUACAUCCAGGAAGUUGGAAGCUGUUCUUACGAGGUUACAGUAGCAACAAGCUGUUCAUCUCCUUCAUUUAUCACUGACGAAAUCGGUGUGUUGUUUGGAGAUUCUCAUGGAAAUCAGAUUGUGGAGAAGAAGUUGAGCAAUGGAGACAAGGUGUUUGAUAGUUGUAAUACAGAUAGGUUUGUUCUAAAUGAUCGACCCUGCAGUGUCCAAAUUAGUUACAUGUAUAUCUAUAAAGACGGAGCUGACGAUUGGCUUCCGAACUCUGUUGAAAUCUCUGGCUCUGGAAUCAAACCCCUUCUGUUCAUCUUAAAAUCCUCCAUCCCAAGAAACAAUUGGUUUGGCUUUGAUUUACGACAAUAUCCUUUUCCAUCGCCACCGUCCUACAACCCGUCCCCUCCUUUUCCAUCGUUGUCUCCUCCUCCUCCUCCUCCUCCUCCUCCUCCUCCUCACCAUCCUCUGCCACCGCCGCCGGAGCCAAUUCUUCCUCCUCCGCCUCCACCUAAGCCUGUUCUUCCCCCACCGCCUCCUCCACCAUCAUCCUCCAGCAAAAUCUCUGGUCUGAAAUUGGCUAAGGUAUCUGUGGUUUUGGGAUUGCUGUUUGCCCUUCUGUGAUUCUGCAGUAGCUGCUUGCUUUAUGUAGUAGUUUAGUAGGUAAAUUUUGUAGUGGUGGGUGGGUGAUGUUAAUGUUCAAGUUUCAUCCCCCAUUCCACCAUCUUGUCGUACCGUAAGCUUUCAAAGCUUUAGUUAAACUUUAUCUUUUCAGCUGUAUGGCUAUAAGCCUGGUGCAAUUCUACAGCCACUGCUUGUUCUAAGUGGGUGGUGGGCGAUACUAUACUUACGUUUCAUCCCCUUUUCCACCCAUGUUUUAAGGUCUAGACAAGCAAGCUUUACUGAACCUCUUUAUGUUAUCGUCUUUUCAGUUGUAUGAGAUAUAUGCCUUCUCUAUGAAAGUCGGCCCAGCCUUCUAUGUCGAAGGUUGUAUGGUGUUUUAUUUUUCAACAAUGUGGGAUGGAGUGGAUGUGUUGAAUUUU